AUGGCCAACGAGGUGCUCGACGGGUUGUGGGUGUUCGGUGACAGCUGGUGCACAAUGUGGCUCACGAUGGACAUUUGGAUGUGUACGGCAUCCAUCUACAACCUAGUCGCCAUCUCAGUGGACCGUUACAUUGCCAUACUGAAACCACUCAACUACCCACUAAUCAUCACCAAAUGUCGCGCACGCUGUAUUGUGGCACUCGUUUGGGUGUCCUCUUUCGUGGUUUGCAGUCCCAGCUUCAUACUGGCUAGCCACGAUAAACCACUUGAGGAUUUGUGCAAAUGCACUCCUGCUUAUGCCGGCACUGCUUACAUCAUUUUCAGUAAUUUCAGCGCAUCGUCUAGUUUCUACAUUCCGAUGAUCGUUGUGGUAUUCGUGUAUUUUCGAAUCUAUCUGGUGGCACGUGAUGCCACCAAGAAUGUACAUUCAGGGAUGAUGCCUAUCAACUCCAGCAAUUAUACGGAUCCUCUCCAAAAAGCUACCGACCAAAAUGUGAACUUAUCAUCGGAUAAUCUCGACGCCAAAUCGUUCCUGAUGCGACACAGUUUUAUGCUACGAAAACGUAACACUUCUCAUAUUCACACUAACCUACCGUCCCAAAGCACAUCAACUGUACUGAGAAUGCAUCGCGGUCCGACCAUACGUCGCAAUAACAAUACGAACCUCACUAAUCGAUACCAUCACCAACAACCCAGCGCGAUGCAAAAUGAUUCAGUUGAACACAAUCCAUCAACUAAACACUUAAAGAGUCAUAAUGAUAUCGCAAUCAAAUCCAAAUCGAACCGCCUCAGUCCGAAUGUUCACAACAAAUCGAAUCAUCUCAUACAACGUCUAAUCUAUCGUAAGCAUCGCGAUAACGCCAUGUACGCAUACGAAAGGCACCUCUCGACCGAGAUCAAAGCAGCGAAGACGGUUGCGAUCGUGACCGGAUGUUUCAUCUUCUGCUGGCUUGGUUUCAGCAUUUUGUACGGGUUUGCCAUCCAGACAACGCCCGUGAUAUGGUCGAUUCUCUUCUGGUUGGGAUACCUCAACUCGGCACUCAAUCCAAUCAUAUACACGGUUUUCAACAGAGAAUUUCGAACGUGUUUCAAGCGCUUAUUGACGUGCAAUCAAUUCGCUUCUCAACACAGCCACAUGCAGUCACAUGUCGUGAGUUACUGUGUUGUAUCCUUUCAUUAA